AUGUUUGAUUGGCUAAUCAUUUUUUCUGUCCAUAGGUCGCAAGAGAAUGAAAUCGCACGAAAAGACUUAAAAGAAAGAGUUAUCGAUGAAAAAUAUAUAUUGAAAUAUAUGAAAGCUCUCAAUAACCCUGAUCUCGACGACACAAUCGAUUUAAAUAACGAAAACAAUAGAGAGAAACGUCAAGCCAACGCCACUGUGCCAGAUGAAGAAGAUAAGUCAGAAGCAGUUAUCAAAUUACUAGGCCUUCGAGUUGAUGAAUCUGAGAAGGAACCGAAAAUUAUUGAUGGGGUUAUACCGAGCGUGUUGAGUGAGAAGGAAUUUGUAUUGAGGUUGUUUGGUGAAGGUUUUACAGAGGGUACGACCAUCGUGUUCACCAGCCACCCACAGGAGUAUGGAACCAGCUGCCAUUUCCAAUAUGGUACUUAUUAUAAGGCCUCAAAGCUGGAAGGCGACUCGGCAAUCUUCAAAAUGAAAGUACCAGAACCAGAACAGGACCUAACCUUUUACAUCUGCGCUUCGAACAAUGCGACAGAUGAGACAGCAGAUUUCAUUCAUCAGGGCAAGGAACCCUGGAAAAUUCUGGGUAUCCACAACAAGCUGCUUCCAUUAUGGGCUUCCCUUGUCCUCAUAGUUAUCCUACUGGUACUGGCGUCUCUCUUCUCUGGUCUCAACCUCGGUCUGAUGGCCUUGGACCGUACGGAACUCCGUAUCAUUGCUAAUACGGGUACAGAGAAGGAGAGGAAGUACGCGAGAGCGAUUAUGCCUGUACGUGCGCAUGGGAAUUACCUUCUAUGUACAAUUUUGUUGAGUAACGUCGCCGUGAACAGUACAUUUACGGUGAUUUUGGAUGAUCUAACCUCUGGAUUGGUAGCUGUUAUUGGAUCUACCCUCGCGAUUGUGUUCAUUGCUGAGAUUACCCCGCAGGCUAUUUGUGCAAGACAUGGUCUGUUUGUCGGUGCUAAAAGUAUAUGGAUAAUGAAGAUUGUAAUGGGCAUAUGUGCCCCUCUCGCAUGGCCGACUAGCAAAUUGCUAGAUUACUUCUUGGGAGAGGAAAUUGGUACACACUACAACAGGGAAAGACUAAAGGAACUUGUGAAGGUGACAAAUCACGUGAACGAUUUGGACAAGGAGGAAGUGAAUAUCAUCUCUGGUGCUCUUGAUCUUCGUAAGAAAACCGUGAAGGAUGUUAUGACCAAACUGAAAGACUGUUUUAUGCUGCCUAUCAAUUCCAUACUGGACUUUGAGACCAUGACAGAGAUUGUCAAGUCAGGCUAUUCCCGUAUCCCGGUGUACGAGGGUCAACGCGGUAACAUAGUCACGGUGCUCUUCAUCAAGGACCUGGCCUUCGUGGAUCCUGAUGAUAACACACCACUGCGGACCCUCUGCCAGUACUACCAGAACCCUUGCAAUUUCGUUUUCGAAGACGUCACGCUGGAUGUCAUGCUGAAGCAGUUUAAAGAAGGUCACAAAGGUCAUAUGGCAUUCGUCCAGCGCAUUGAGGAAGGUGAUGGUGAUCCCGUGUAUGAGACCGUGGGUCUUCUUACACUGGAGGAUGUCAUAGAAGAGAUGAUACAGGCGGAGAUAGUGGAUGAAAGUGAUGUCAUCUCUGACAACAGAACGAAAAAGCGUUUACUGAGACCGUUGAACAAGCUGCAUGAUAUAGCUGCGUUUGCUGGACAUCAGCACCAGAGAGUCCAUGUCUCACCUCAGCUGAUCUUGGCCACCUUCCAAUUCCUUAGUACAAGUGUGGACCCGUUCCGUUGUGAUAUGAUAUCGGAGACUGUUCUGAGGAGAUUGUUGAAGCAGGAUGUCAUACAGCACAUCAAGUUACGCGGAGAUGAAGAAAAGAAUGAUCCGAAGAGAUUCGUUUAUCAGGAAGGAAAACCGUCCGAUUACUUCGUGUUGAUCCUGGAGGGUCGCGUAGAGGUGACAGUGGGCCGUGAGAACUUGGUCUUCGAAGCUGGUCCCUUUACAUACUUUGGGGUACAGGCGCUCACGCAGAAUGUUGGACUUGCUGAGUCUCCAGCGCCCUCAACACUUGGCUCGCUUCAAAACCUGAACAUGGACUCCAUGCUACGUCACACAUUCGUACCAGACUACUCCGUUAAGGCCAUCGCCGAGUUGUACUACUUAACUAUUAAGAGAACCAUGUAUUUGGCAGCUAAACGAGCAACUCUGAUGGAGAAGGGGGUCCUGAACAAAGGUGGAACAAAUGAACAAAUCGAACCAGAAGUUGAUAAGUUACUUCGUGAAGGAGAUAGGCUUGAUGAUAUAAUUGAAAAUGAAAAGUCACCAAUUAAGCAGUUUCUACCAUCCAGUCUCCUCACCAACUCUACAUACAAAACCGAAGAGAACAAUGCCGAGGAAGAAAAACUACUUAAGAAGUAG